UGGCCGAGCGUCCCCGCCAUGGAGAGCGAAGCGGCCGGCGAGGCCCGGGGGGCCGAGACCCCGCGCGCGCCCGCGCCCCCGCCGUCGCCCUCGGAGCCCCCGGCCGCGCCCCGCGCGCGCCCGCGCCUGGUGUUCCGCACGCAGCUGGCGCACGGCAGCCCCACGGGCAAGAUCGAGGGCUUCACCAACGUCCGCGAGCUCUACGCCAAGAUCGCCGAGGCCUUCGGGAUCGCGCCCACCGAGAUCCUGUUCUGCACCCUCAACAGCCACAAGGUGGACAUGCAGAAGCUCCUGGGGGGGCAGAUAGGGCUGGAGGACUUCAUCUUCGCGCACGUGCGCGGCGAGACCAAGGAGGUGGAGGUCACCAAGACCGAGGACGCCCUGGGACUGACCAUCACGGACAACGGGGCCGGCUACGCCUUCAUCAAGAGAAUCAAGGAAGGCAGCAUCAUCAACCGCAUCGAGGCGGUGUGCGUGGGCGACAGCAUCGAGGCCAUCAACGACCACUCCAUCGUGGGCUGCCGCCACUACGAGGUGGCCAAGAUGCUGCGCGAGCUGCCCAAGUCCCAGCCCUUCACGCUGCGCCUGGUGCAGCCCAAGAGGGCCUUCGAUAUGAUUGGCCAGAGAAGCCGGAGCAGCAAGUGCCCUGUGGAAGCGAAAGUGACCAGCGGGAGGGAGACCCUGCGGCUUCGUGCUGGGGGGGCCGCCACGGUGGAGGACGUGCCCAGCGAGUUUGAGGAGGAGGCGUCCCGGAGGGUGGACGACUUGCUGGAGAGCUACAUGGGCAUCCGAGACCCAGAGCUGGGUAAGGGGCCAGGCGUCCACCAUGGUGGAGACGUCCAAGGAGACGGGGAGCGUCCAGGAGUUUGCGCGCUGUUUAGACUCCGUCUUGGGCGAGUUUGCCUUCCCGGACGAGUUCGUGGUGGAGGUGUGGGCCGCCAUCGGCGAGGCCAGGGAGGCCUGUGGCUAGUGUGUCCCGGGGCUGAGCUCAGCCCCAGCCCCGAGCCCAGCCCCCUGCCCCAGCCCUGCUCCAGAGCCCAGCCCCGCUCUGAGGCCAAGUUCCUCUCUAGAACCCAGCCCAACUUGGAGACCCAGCCCUGCUCCAGAACCCAGCCCUCAUCUAGAAUCCAGCCCAGAUCUGAGGCUACACUGUGCUCUAGAGCCCAGGCCAGCUCUGAGAUAGAGUCUACUCCUAGAGUUCAAUCUGGCUCUGAGACCAAGCCCAGUUCUAGAACUCAGGCCAGCUCUGACACCAAGCUCUGCUCUGAGAUAAGGCCCAGCUCUAGAACACAGCCCAGCUCUGAGACCAAGCCCAGCUCUGAGAUUAAGCCAAGCUCUAGAACACAGCCCAGCUCUAGAACUCAGGCAAGCUCUGAGACCAAGUCCAGCUCUGAGACCAAGCCCAGCUCUGAGAUCAAGCCAAGCUCUAGAACACAGCCUGGCUCUAGAACUCAGGCAAGCUCUGAGACCAAGCCCAGCUCUGAGACCAAACCCUGCUCUAGAACUCAGGCAAGUUCUGAGACCAAGCCCAGCUCUAGAACACAGCCCAGCUCUGAGUUCAAGCCCAGCUCUGAGACUAAGCCCUGCUCUAGAACUCAGGCAAAUUCUGAGACCAAGAACAGCUCUAGAACACAGCCCAGCUCCGAGACCAAGCCCUGCUCUAGAACUCAGGCAAGUUCUGAGACUAAGACCAGCUCUAGAACACAGCUCAGCUUUGAGACCAAGUCCAGCUCCAGAACACAGCUGAGCUCUGAGACCAAGCCCAGCUCUGAGACCAAGCCCAGCUCUAGAACACAGCUCAGCUCCGAGACUAAGCCCAGCUCUGAGAUAAAAUCCUGCUCUAAAACUCAGGCAAGUUCUGAGACCAAGCCCAGCUCUAGAACACAGCCCAGCUCUGAGACCAAGCCUUCCUCUAGAACUCAGGCAAGUUCUGAGACCAAGCCCAGCUCUAGAGCACAGCCCAGCUCUGAGACCAAGCCCUGCUUUCAAGCCAGCUCUGAGACUGAGUUCAUCUCUAGAGUCCAGCUGAGCCCUGACAUCAAGCCAAGUUCUGGAACCCAGACAAGUUUUAAGAACCAGGCCAGCUCAGAGACGAAUCCUAUUUCCAGAACCCAGGACAGCUCAGAGACCACGCCCUGCCGCAAAACUCGACCAGACUCUGGAACUCAAGGCCACUCCAUGGCACGGCCAUACCUGGAGACUCGGUCCCACUCCGGAACCCCUGUUAGUUUUGAGACCCAGGUGAGAGUCAAGCAACAAGCCAGCCGUAGAACCCAAGGCAGCUCUGGACUCAAAGACAGCACCCAAAACCAGCCCUAUUCGAGAUCUCAGACCAGCUCAGGAACCCAGAGCCAAGCUGCUGGCCAGUCCAGAUUCAAACCUCAGCCCUGCUCUAAAACCUACUUGCACCCAGGUGCCUACACCCCUGCUGUGGCCCCAUCCAGCUCCGGCAAUGAGUCCAGCUCUGAGAGUGAGCCCAGCUCCAGACCCCAGCCUAGAGCUACAACCAGGCCCAACUCCAGAACUCAGAGCAGCUCUGGAUCCCUGCCCAGCUCUGCAGCAAGGCCCAGCUCCAGAACACUGCUUGGCGUGGAGCCCCACUCUCCCUGCAAGACACAGGCCAGCUCUAGAACACAGUCCAGCUCUGGGACCCAGACCUGGCCAAGCUUCAGAACUCAGUCCAGCUCAGGCACUCCACUCAUCUCCAGAACUCAGCCCAGUUCUGGAGCACAGACUGGUUCUGAAAUCCCAGCCAGCUCCCAAACAGAGUCAGUUGCUGAGACCCAGCCAAGUUCCAGAAUCCAGCUAAGCGCUGGAAUCCAGGCUAGCCCUGGGUCCCAGAGCAGUGCAGCAACUGAGUUAAGCUCCAUGACCCUGUCUGGUUCCAGUGGCCGGCCCGGCUCCAGCACCCAGCACAGCCUAGAAGCGCAACCAACCUCUGCCUCUCAGCUCCUCUCUAAAACCCUGCCGAGUUCUAGAUCCCAGCUCCAGCCCACAACCCCAGCCAGCUCUGGUUCUCAGCUGGAUGCCGGGAUGCAGACCAGCUCUAGAACCCAGCCCAACUCCAGGACCCAGAUGAGUUCAAGACUUGAGCCCAGCUCUGGAACCCACCUGAGUUCUGGAAGCCAGCAUGUUUCUGGAACUCAACCCAGCUCCAAAACCCAGACCAGUUCUGGCACCCAGCUCAGCUCGGAGACCCAGCUCAGCUCUGGGACCCAGACCAGCACAAUAAUUCAACCCGGCUCUGGAGCCCACCUUGGUUCCAGCACCCAGCCUGUUUCCAGAAGCCAUUCUAGUCCCAGAGCCCAGACCAGCUCACAAACCUGGCUCAGCUCUAGAAAUGGGCUCCGUCCACAGACCCCUGGCCCUGCCCCUAGAGCCCAGCCUGUUACCCAUGUCCCAGCCCGACCUCAGCCCCCAGGGCCCUCACCCAGAGCCUCUGCUCCAGCCCCUGGCAAUGUCCUCCGGCCACCACCCCAGCCCCAUGACCUGGUACGUGGCACCCAGGCCGGCCCUGGCCCCGCAGCCUCCCACCUGGCCCCACAGCCACAGGUCUCCUCCGCACCUCAGAAGCCACCUCUGUCCCCCAAGCCGCAGCUGGGAUGGCAGAAGUCCACAGCGCCCAGCACACCUGUCACUCCUGGUGCCGCCCCAACGGCAGCCCCCCUGGGCUCCCAGCCCCUCGACCCCCCAGCUCAGGGGCCCGCCCCCUCCCCCACGCCCAGGGAGCCAGGGCCCCUCCCGCGCGGCGGCGGGGGGCUGUAGUGCCGGGACAGCGCUGAGGCUCCUGGGGUCCCCUCUCCUGGCCCUCCCAGCCGGGGUCCCCAGAAGGGGCAGGUGACCUCAUUCGCCAUCAGGCGGGGGUGGGGAGGCGCAGUGGAAACGCGGGCUUCGGUUUCCGGGCCUGGCGGCGCCCGGUGUAAAUGGAUCCGGCCCUGGCGGGGGACGGAGACAGGGGACAGGGGCAGGGCGGGUCAUCCCCAUGUACCUCGAGGGCGCCAGGUGAAUAAAGGCCCCGUCCUGCCGCA